AUGCAAGCCAGAACAUCCCGUUUUCUGACUGGUGCUGCCCUUGGUCCUGAUCCUCAGUCCGACGGCAUUUCAGGCACCAAGGCUACACAGAAUAAACGGUGUUCGCACGGAAAGCAGUGGAUUGCAGAGACUUUUAGUGGUUUUGACGGGGCGUCGCUCACGCCUCCCUUGCAACGUGAUUACGACGCCAUCCUGCACCUUCCAACCAGCCCGGACUACGUUCCUGUGUGCUACCCAGCCCCAAAGAAAGAGGGGGGGGAAAACAGUCGACGCGGUUUGUUCAAAAAGCAAAUGCAGGUGCAACAUCGAACCAACCAGUCAUUCUUGUUCAAGGAACGGGGUGGAGAGAUGAAAGACACGCAGAGGGCAAAGGAUUGGGUGUCAUUGGCUUGGGGCGAAUAA